AUGGUUUCGUUACAGUCGAUUGACCACUAUGAAUUCAAAGAAAUAUUGGGAACGGGAGCCUUCUCAGAAGUUCGUCUUGCAGAGGAUCAACGAAACCCUGGAUCAUUCGUAGCGAUAAAGUGUAUUCGCAAAAAAUACCUUUCUAAGUCUCAAAAUUCCGAGUGUGCUAUCAAGGAGGCUGAGUCACGCAAGGAGUCUCUCAACAAUGAGAUAGAAGUGCUGAGAAGACUCAGACACCCAAAUAUAGUUCAGUUGUUUGAUGUCUUAGAAGAUGCGGAGUGUUACUACCUUGUUAUGGAACUGGUUACUGGAGGGGAAUUAUUCGAUCGUAUUGUUCAGAAAGGUAGUUAUACUGAACGUGAUGCAAGUGCCCUUAUUCGACAAGUUUUGUUAGCUACUGAAUAUAUGCAUAGUCAAGGAGUUGUACAUCGAGAUUUGAAACCGGAAAAUCUACUCUACUUUAGUCCAGCUGAUGAUAGUAAAAUAAUGGUGAGUGAUUUUGGCUUGUCAAAAAUAGAAAACAAUGAGUCCAUCAUGGCUACAGCCUGUGGUACACCAGGUUAUGUUGCUCCUGAAGUUCUUAGUGUUAAUGAAGGCAGUUCCGGUUAUGGCAAAGAAGUAGACUGUUGGGCUAUUGGUGUGAUUGCAUACAUUUUAUUAUGUGGAUAUCCACCAUUCUAUGAUGAAAAUGAUCAUGAAUUGUUUCGUCAAAUACGAAUGGCAGAAUAUGAAUUUGAUUCACCGUAUUGGGAUAAUAUAUCUGACUCAGCCAAAGAUUUUAUUAGUCAUCUACUCCAAAAAGAUCCAAAAAAACGCUAUAGUUGUGUACAAGCUUUAGAACAUCCAUGGAUAGCUAGUAAUACAGCACUUGAUAGAGAUCUUUAUCCUUUUGUCAGUGAACAGAUACGUAAAAAUUUCUUAGCAGUAAAACGAUGGAAGAAAGCUUAUAAUGCAACAGCAGUACUUCAUUUAUUACGUCGUCUUCAAUUAAAUAAAAGUAAUUCAACAGCGGAAAAAUCAACUAAUUCCACUGAUUCUUUAUCUACAUUCACAUUUGAUGAAGAUAAAUUAACAGAAAUACAAUGUAAACAAUUAAAAUCAAAUUCUAUUGAUAAACAAGAUAAAUUACCACCUAAAUUACAAACAUCAUGUUCAUCACCAUCAUCAUUAUCAUCACCUACUCGUCCUCCUGAAAUUCAACCAUUUUCAUUCAACAAUAUAACUGAUGAAAUUAAAAAUAUUGAGAAAAAUGAUAACAAUACAAUUUAA